AUGGACAGCAUAUUAUUCACUGAUAAGGUAAACAAACUUAUCGAUGAAGCUAAAUUAAUGGAUGUUCAUAUUUCGGAAAAAACCAUUUGUGAAAACUUUAUAAAAAGUCUACCUCCCAGUCUAAGUAGCAUUCUACAUCUCUAUGUGCAUACUCCUAAGCCCAUGACAUUAUCAGAGGUUCUUUUCCAGGUCGAGAAAAUACAACCAUAUUUAUCCAACCUGGAAACUAAGUCACCAAAUGGUAGAACCGUCGAGAAAACCGCGGUAAAACAUCAUCAACAUUCAACGACUAUUGAUAAGAAAAAGUUUCCUACUGCAAAAAAAGUUCAUUACUUGAAAAAUACUUCAACAUUAUCAAGUCACGAACAGCUUAGGCCUGCUUCAUCAGAAAGUUUAGACGCUGACGAUUAUUUAAUCAUUGAUUCGGGUGCUGAAAUUACUGUAGUAAAAGACGAAACUUUGCUACAAAACAUACACCCGAAUACAAAACAUGUUCUAUAUGGAGCAGGUAACCAAAAGCUAUCUGCCCCAGUGUCAGGUACACUACAAUUUACCUUCACAAAAAUAAAAGAUAUCAAGUACAUAGCUUGGUAUCUUCGGAAGUAG